AUCAAUUCACAAACUGACGUUCGUGUGAAUAAAAGCACAGCCACAAAGAGCAGUUUUUUUUUUGUGUGUGUUGCAUAAAUAAUUAUAACAUGAAAGGUUUUUUGGUGUUAACAUUCGCUCUGAUUGAGUUGACACUGGCCCGACCGGAAAUACCAAGCGAUCAUUACGGACCGCCAUCAGCUCCAUUGGAUCAUUACGGUCCGCCAGUGCCACAAAAACAAUAUGGCCCGCCAUCGCCUCAAUAUGGGCCUCCGGCAUCCCAAUACGGUCCACCAACCGAAUAUGGUCUACCACAAAUCGCAAAGCAGGUCACCAAAAAUGUUUACGUUCACAUUCCGCCAGAAGAGCCGGCAAAAAUUAUACCCAGCCAAGUGAUCAAUGUGCCCGUACCGAAAAAGCAUUACAAAAUCAUAUUCAUCAAAGCACCUACACCGCCCACACCAGCUAAACAAAUUAUACCCGAACAACCUCAAGACGAACAUAAAACAUUAGUCUAUGUACUAGUUAAAAAUCCCGAACCGCAGCCAUUAAUUGAUGUACCGAUACCAGAACCGACGGAACCGAGUAAACCUGAAGUGUUUUUUAUUAAAUACAAAGAAAACCAGGAAAGGCAACCGCAAAAAUAUGGUCCACCACCAGGACCAUACUAGACGAUUUUCUUUAGUUUAAAUUGAAUGGGAAUAUUUUGUUACUUUUCUGUUUUCGUUUCUCGAUUUGCAAUAGAAAUAUAUUUUUUU